GUCAACAAAUAAAGGUGAACUAAACAAAGGCAAGGUCAAGUGAAACCAAAAUGAGCCGUCAGUGGAUUCUGUUGAUUGUGUUAGUUGUGCUGUUGGUUGUGACCAACAUUGUGUGGCUUGGAGAGGAGCGACUGGUACUGCAUAAAGAUAUCCAGUCAGGCACCAAUCCGCCAUGCGCAAGAGCUGCGCCGAAAAUAAACAAUUUCACAAUCGUGACAGGCGCGGAUCACAGGUUCUUUUCCCCGGCUCUCGUCAACCACGUGGGAGCCCUCUGUUUCUGGGAACCAACGCUCAAGGUCGUGGUGUGGGAUUUGGGCCUUACCGCCGAGGAAGUGAAGACCGUGAAAAGCUGGCCCAGCGUGACCUACAGGAAGUUUCCCUUUGAAAGCUACCCUCAUCUGCGCGACCUGCACACGUACGCCUUUAAACCCGUCAUCAUCAAGCAGAUGGUGGAUGAAUUGGGGGCAGUGCUCUGGGUGGACGCUGGCAGCCACGUCAGUGGAAGCAUUAGGCAAACUAUGACCUCUCUUUUUCAAAAAGACGGCUAUAUAUAUGUCGGCGUGUGGGGGGAUGGUGAAGUGACAAAAUGGACACGCCCUGGAAUGUUUUCAUUUUUCAACAUUUCCAAAGAACCCUACGUAGGAAAGCAGUCGAUUGCUGGAGGUUUGAACGGCUGGAUAAGACAAGGGGACAUCUACGAGAACGUACUGAUUCCAUGGGUAGACUGCGCGCUACAUCGAGAUUGUAUCUCCCCCGCGGGGUCCAGCUUGAGUAACCAUAGAUACGACCAAUCGGCCCUCUCGUUGCUAGGAUACAGUUACAUGUUCAAGUAUGGUAGAACUGUACAUCUUCAUACUGAGCUUGUGGAUAUCGUGAAGGAAUCGCGGGGAAGCGUCAAAACGUAUAUGAAGUAUGCGGAGGGGUGUCUGCGUAACAGAACGUCCUAAAUGACAGAAAUAAAAAAAAGUCCCAUACGUGUUCCAUCCUUCCUCCCAAACCGUUUCUCUGAAAGUUAGAAGGAACUGUUGAAACAAAGAGAAAAAUGAACGUGUUGUUUAAGUACAAAGAUGAUGUUUAGAGAUAAGAUUAAGUUAUUAUGACAUGCGGUCACUGGGUUGUAGCCAGCAAAUUUCUUUUUUUUUUCAGAAAAAAAGUGAAUCUUUUUAUACUGAAACAAGGUAGUUAUGUUAAUGACUAAGAGUUUAUAUUAAAUUCUGGUUCAGGGCGGACUUUUUCCCUUUUGACCCUCCCCCCUUCCACGGCCAUAUGUCUUUACGUGCCUGACUCAUCAUUUCUCUUGCAUGAAGUUGUGCAUAUAGUUGAACAUAACUGGAUAAUCGUGACAGCGCUAAAAUGAUCUCAAGUCCAUAGGGCUGAAACACGCACGAAAUCUUAUGUAAUGUAUCGGUAGCUUUUCAUAAUUCAAAUCUGGUACCACAAAUGCUUAUAAUGGUAGGGCAGCGUAUUAGUCUAAUACAACGCCUUUAUUUUAUUCAUUAUCAUUAACCUUGGAAAAUAAAGCCAUGCCUCGUGGUUAUCCUCUACCAGGGCCACAGACUGAUUUUCACAAGAUAUUCACACAUAUGUCUUUAGAUAAAUAGACGGUCAUCUGGUUCUCUGUCAAUGUGGAAAAUGUGUCUAUAAUAUCUGCCACCCUGGUAGAGGGUAUACUGCGGUAGUAGCUGAAGUUUAAGAGAAAAUCAGGGACGAUAUUUACCCAAGGGCAUAGGAUUGGUUUCUAUUGUUAAAGAGCACAGGUCUCAAACUACUGCGCAUGCGCGAA